AUGGGUGUCGUUCAGUCAAAACGCAAGUGGAGAGAGCCCAAGAGCUCCUCCAGUCACACUGGAAAUCACAAUGGAAAUAAUUACAGUACUGGAGAUACUCGCUCCACCUCCUCAUCCACCUUACAAUCCUUUGUUAGUAUGAAGCACAGUACCUCUCUUUCCAGUUCGAUUACACGUACAAAAUGCGUUCGAUCUAACAUGCAUGAUAAGAAUUCUUUGGCAAAGCCAGAUCCAGUAUCAGGCAUAUCGCUCAGUCAACGCACACCUUCCAGACAAUCGAGCACCCAGACCUCUACACCAGAACCACCAAAAGCACAAAAUGUAUUCGCAGCCUUCCAAUCCAACAGUUAUUUUCUUCCAAAGGAUUGGGAAGUUAAUGAUCGCCACCAAGCUCUUCAUUUCGCCCUGAAGGCAUUGUAUGGCGAUACUGUGACAUCCGCUGUACGACAGAAGUUUGUCAAGGGAGCACGCAUUCUAGAUAUUGAAUGUGGCAACGGUUUUUGGAUUAUGGAUCUUGCCACUCAGUAUCCUGAGUGCGAGUUUGUUGGUACUGCAGAAUCUACGGACAACGUGCCCACAAAUACGCUACUUCCCAACGUACAAUUUGAGAUCUACACCCAAAGGGGUCCGAUGCCAUUUGAAGACAAUAGCGUGGAUGUUGUCCAUAUGCGAGCUCUUGGUUUGAGUUACACUCAAGAAAAUUGGAGUAACGUUCUGCGCGAGGCGUACCGUAUUCUCAAACCUAGUGGGGUUGUACAUAUCGAAGAGAUGCUUGUUACGCCAACCGGUACAGCGUUGAUUGAGUCGUUUAUUGACACGGUGCGGAAUAUUAUCCGCAGUUCUGGCAUGAACUACGACAUAGCCUUGACUCAGCCUCUCCUUCUUCAGAAUGAAGGGUUCCAAUUGGUACAAAAGAUAAAGAAAAAGAUCUAUCUGGCUUCUAGCCCGGGGAAAUUAGGCACAGAAUUUACCGGUGUCAUUCUACGUGGGUUUGAACUCUCGCGUGCAUUUUUGGCCCCUAGAAUGGGAUUGACAGAAGAAGAUUAUGUCCACAGAGUUGAAAUGGUUUGCGCUCAAUGCGUUCGAAAUGACUCUCAUAUUUACUGGUUCACUAAUAUUGGCAUGAAGCCGUCGGACUCUUCAUCAUCCUCUUCAUACUCCUCUUAA